AUGUUGCCUUCCGGCGGCCCUCGUGCGGAGCAGCACGGCAGGAGGUCUUCCCUGCUUCUGAGACUCUUUUGGCGAACUUCUCUGGCCCUUAUGGCUACACGCUGGCUUGCAGCAGGCUUUCGAGGUGCCAGCUUUGCUGUGACGACGCCUUCGGGGCGCAAGCUGCCAAAGAGACCCAAGAAUCUCGGCAAGAAGCAGGAGUACGAUGUGCCUGGAACACUGUAUCAAGGCGGCCGGCGAGGUAUCCAGUUUUUCCUCGGAGACAUGGUCGAAGUGCAGCGAGAUGGAACGUGGGUCACUGCGCGAGUGUCCCGUGCACCGACGGAUGAGCGGCCUAACGACGGCUCCUUCCGUGUCAAAUUCGACCAGGAUGCCUAUGAGAUGAAGUGCUGGUACCGUGAUCUCAGGAAGCCGAAGAAUCCGGACAAAGUGCCGAUGCCCGACUGGGUGCAGGAUUGGUGGCCGGAGGAGCCAGCGCCAGAACCUGACUACGUCGGGAAUGAGUCUGACCCAGAACUCAACUUUGUCAUCAAGGGCCCUUUUCCCAAAGAGUACACGGAAGAG